ACAGGAAACCUCAAACCAAAGUCCUGAAACAACUUCUCUCCCAUACGUCUACUCUCUCUGAAUCUCGCAAGUCGCAAUUGCAGUCCAGCAGCCUCACUUUAAAAAAAAUAAUUUUACAGCAGCCUACAGGUUCUGUCAAAGGCGUGAUCAUAAGUCCAGCACCCCACUGGUUUCGUCAAAUUAAUACCAAUUAAUGGAAAAUUUACAAUUUUGACUGAAAUAGUGAUUUUUAUACUUUAAAUACCUAAUUUCCAUCCCACCAAAUCCUUAGUUCUCUUUGCGCGCAAAGGGACAACUUUCUUCUUAUUUGGAGAGUAAAGCAAGAAAAGGCGCUCUGCUAUUUCGAUAUAUGUACCAUCCCUUGCGUCUCUGCUCAGAGAGAGAAGAGAGCAAAGAAGCCACACAAAGCAAGAGCUUCAACUGUUUAGGGUUUUUUCCCAUGAAAUCCACCUGGUAAUCUUCGCCCAUCCUCGAGUCAUACCAUACAAUAUCAUAUAUUUUUUUCUAUCGCCUUAUUGUUAAUUCAUAACUAUAUUAGUAUAUAAUUCUUUCAUUCCACUAAAGAUUCGAUUUUUAGCCCACUAUUUUUUUAUACCCAUUUGCCCUCUGCAAUCCUUGUCUUCCUUAUAUAUAGAUAUAAAGUUGAAGCCUCAAAUCAUACGAUUCUUUAAAAACCAGUUGGGUAUUAUUAUACAUAACCAUAUACAUAACUUAUAAGAAAACUUAUUUAUAAGCUUGAUCUUAUGGGUAGAAAAAGCUUGCAAAGUUUUGAAAAUAAUGGAGAUGGGUUAUUGUCUAAUUCUGGAAUUGGGUUUCUAUGGUGUCGCCGAGACGAUUCUUUUCACCAUGGUGGUUUAUUUGCAAGCGUUGGGCAGAUGGGAUUGGGAUUUGGGGCAUCCCAAAAUCCACCGAAUUCUACAGACAAUGGUGUAAAGCUGCCAUAUGCAAAUUUGUCAGCCAAAUAUCUAUCUGUGCCGGAAUCCGGUUUUCAGAUUGUUGGGAUACCAGAACUGGUGAGAGGGGAGGCAAGAGAGACAGGAGAGGAAGGGUUGCUGAAGAAGGAAAAGAGGAGUGGUCUUAAAUUGAAAAUUAAGAUUAAGAAUCCGUCGCUGAGAAGGUUGAUCAGCGGGGCAAUUGCCGGUGCUGUAUCACGGACAGCAGUUGCACCAUUGGAGACAAUAAGGACACACUUGAUGGUAGGGAGUUGUGGACACUCGACCACUGCAGUGUUUCAGAAUAUCAUGAAUACCGAAGGUUGGAAGGGACUAUUUAGGGGUAACUUUGUUAAUGUGAUCAGGGUUGCACCAAGCAAGGCAAUCGAGUUAUUUGCUUAUGAUACGGUUAGGAAGCAACUUACACCUAAACCCGGAGAACAGUCCAAACUACCUAUACCUGCAUCUCCAAUUGCAGGUGCUGUUGCUGGAAUUAGCUCUACUUUAUUCACCUACCCGCUUGAGUUACUGAAAACCCGACUAACUGUCCAGAGAGGUGUGUACAAAAAUCUUCUAGAUGCUUUUCUGCAAAUUGUGCAAGAGGAGGGACCUGCAGAACUAUAUAGAGGCCUCACACCAAGUCUUAUCGGAGUAGUUCCGUAUGCUGCCACCAAUUAUUAUGCUUAUGAUACAUUGCGAAAAGCUUACAAGAAAGUGUUGAACCAGGACGAAAUCGGAAACAUUGCAACACUCUUAAUUGGAUCAGCAGCUGGUGCAAUUUCAAGUACUGCAACUUUCCCACUUGAGGUGGCCCGGAAGCAUAUGCAAGCCGGGGCUUUAAAUGGCAGACAAUACAAGAACAUGCUUCACGCCCUCAUGAGCAUACUUGAAACAGAGGGUGUCCCAGGUUUGUACAGAGGGUUGGGGCCAAGCUGCAUGAAAUUGGUUCCUGCUGCCGGGAUUUCUUUCAUGUGCUACGAGGCAUGCAAGAGGAUACUGAUUGAGAAAGAAGAUGAUGCAUAGAAUGAAAAUAUGGAGUUUCACUUCUUCUUCUUCUUCUUCUUCUUCUUCGUCCCCCAACCCAAUUUUUCCCGGUAAGGUUAACAAGUAAUUUAAAGUUUUACUUGAGAAAGAAAGUUGUCCUGGAUUAUUUCAGUGUUGGGGGGAAGUAAAGGACGGUGAAAUUGGCCUAGGCUUCACAACAAAUUACAUCAUCUAAUUUCUACUAUUAUCUGGGAUUUUAGAUUUUGUGAGCUAAGACUUGGAAGCGAACUUUUAACAUUCAAAUGUCAUUUGGUACUUUGUUUCUUCAAUAUAAGAUCAUUUUUGUUUUCUUUUCCU